GCCGUGCGCGUGUAACGCGUCAGUUCAGCGCACGUGUGUUUCACACAGCUGGCGUCUCGCCGUUGGCUUUUGCGCACCGCACGAGACGCACCGCACGCAGAACGGAGCGGAUUGACCGGUAUACGGUCGGAACGGCGCCGCAGGAUGAGCGUUUCUCCGAAGGAGCGCUGAAGGAGCGACGCAGCCCGGUUCUGCCGUGAAUCAGGUGUGCUGGUGACCACUGGGAUACUGUAGUGAUGAUUAUCAGUCAGUCACAGCAGAGCCGGCCCCACGCAACAGUUCGUGACCAAUCAAAAGUGGACAAGAGGGUGGUGUCAGUUUGAUUGACAGACGAGACAUCCACUCAAAUUCGGAGCCCCGUCCCCUCCCUUCAGCUCAGCGAUGGUCACAUAGAAGCACAGACACAUUUCUGUUGCACUAAUUUUACAUCCCAAUCAUGUAGACUGAACUGUAUCCAUCGAUUUUCCUUCUUUCAGCUGUUUGUUUGUAUUUGUUUGUGUGAUGCUCGGCGUGCUCCGCCUGCGCCGUCUCGUUCGCCAGGUGCCGCUACAGACCAGCUUCAUCUUCCUCUUCAUCCUGUGCAUCCUCAGCGUCUUCCUCUCUUCCUACUUCCUGUUCAUCGUUAAACGAGAGCUGGAACCAUCACUCACAGUAGGACGUGCGGCCGAUGACCUCUACGUGACCCCAUCUCGGCCCCUCCUCUUCCUGUCUGGAGCGGGCGGGACGUUGUCGUCUGAUGGCUCUCGGACGGAUCCGGUCGUGCUGGUGUUCGUGGAGAGUCCGUACUCGCAGCUCGGACAAGAGAUCGUUGCCAUCCUGGAGUCAGCGAGGUUUCACUACCAGAUGGAAAUCUCUCCUGGAAAAGGAGACAUGCCCACAUUAAUGGACGGAAAGCGGGGCCGCUUUGUGCUUAUUGUGUAUGAAAACAUCCUGAAGUAUGUGAACAUGGACGCCUGGAACAGGGAUUUACUGGACAGAUACUGUAUCGAGUUUGGAGUGGGAAUGAUUGGCUUCUUUAAGGCCAAUGAGAACAGUCUGCUGAGUGCGCAGCUGAAAGGAUUCCCGCUGUUCCUUCACUCCAACCUGCGCCUGAAGGACUGUACCGUCAACCCCAAAUCCCCUCUGCUGCACGUCACACGAGCAGGACAGGUGUUUAGCGGUCCUCUCCCUGGGGACAACUGGACCGUCUUCCUGUCCAAUCACUCCACCUACGAGCCGGUUCUGCUGGCUAAAACCCAUUUGGCCGAAAGCACUGGACUCAUGCACACAUCUGUGGUUCAGGAUCUCGGGCUUCAUGACGGGAUCCAGAGGGUUCUGUUUGGACACAGUCUCUCCUUCUGGCUUCACAAGCUGGUGUUUGUGGACGCACUGUCCUUCCUCACCGCUAAGAGACUGUCUCUGUCCCUGGAGCGCUUCGUACUAGUGGACAUCGAUGAUAUCUUUGUGGGAAAGGAAGGGACCAGGAUGAAAGUGGCAGAUGUCAAGGCAUUGGUUGAAACCCAGAAUGAGCUGCGCAGGUCGAUUCCAGAUUUCACUUUUAACCUGGGCUUCUCAGGGAAGUUCUUCCACGCAGGUACUGAUGAGGAGGAUCGGGGUGAUGAUCUGCUGCUGUCGUGUGUUGAUGAGUUCUGGUGGUUUCCUCACAUGUGGAGUCACAUGCAGCCGCACCGCUUCCAUAACCAGAGUGUGUUAGCAGAGCAGAUGAUGCUGAACCGCCGCUUCGCAGAGGAUCACUCCAUCCCAACUCACCUGGGUUACGCGGUGGCUCCUCAUCACUCCGGCGUGUAUCCCGUCCACAUCCAGCUGUACGAGGCCUGGAAGCGCGUGUGGGACAUCAGGGUGACCAGCACUGAGGAGUAUCCACACCUCAAACCCGCUCGAUUCAGACGUGGAUUCAUCCACCGCGGCAUCAGAGUUUUGCCCCGGCAGACGUGCGGUCUGUUCACACACACCAUCUUUCAUAAGGACUACCCCGGCGGGCCGCAGGAGCUGGAGCGCAUCAUUGACGGAGGGGAGCUGUUCCUCACUGUCCUGCUCAAUCCAAUUAGCAUCUUCAUGACGCACCUGUCCAACUACGGGAACGACCGGCUGGGUUUGUUCACCUUCAGACGGCUGCUCAACUUCCUGCUCACCUGGACGCACCUGAAACUACAGACGCUUCCUCCACUGCAGCUGGCCGACAAAUACUUCCAGAUGUUCCCGUCUGACUCCGAGCCGCUCUGGCAGGACCCCUGUGAGGAUAAAAGACACAAGGACAUUUGGUCGAAAGAGAAAACCUGCGACCGUUUCCCAAAACUGCUGCUCAUUGGCCCUCAGAAGACAGGAGCGACGGCUCUCUAUCUGUUUCUGGGGAUGCAUCCUGAUCUGAGCAGUAAUUACCCCAGUAAAGAGACGUUUGAGGAGAUUCAGUUCUUCAGCGGUCACAGUUAUCACCGGGGCAUCGACUGGUAUAUGGAGUAUUUCCCCGUCCCGUCCAACAGCAGCUCUGAUUAUUAUUUUGAGAAAAGUGCCAGUUAUUUUGAUUCAGAUGUGGCAGCGGUCCGAGCCGCAGCACUGCUGCCCAGAGCCAGAAUCAUCACGGUUCUGAGUGACCCUGUGGACAGAGCCUACGCCUGGUACCAGCAUCAGAGAGCACAUGCUGACCCUGUGGCUCUGAAAUACUCUUUCCAUGAUGUCAUUACGGCAUCCCACAAUGCACCAGUGAAGCUGCAAGUCCUGCAGAAGCGUUGUCUGGCUCCAGGAUGGUACGCCACACACCUCUCUCGCUGGCUCAAACACUACCACCACCAGCAGAUUCUGGUUGUGGACGGUCAGACAUUGAAAACGGAUCCUGCAUCAGUCAUGGAGAAGAUCCAGACAUUCCUGGGUUUGGAGAAUCGAGUCGAUUACCGCAAGAUACUAGCGUUUGACCCCAAGAAAGGCUUCUGGUGUCAGCUGCUGGCCGGAGGAAAGACCAAGUGUUUAGGGAAGAGUAAAGGACAGAGAUACGCAGACAUGGACAUACAAUCGCAGGUGUUUUUGAGGAAGUACUACAGAGAGGCUAAUAUCCAGCUCUCUAAACUCCUGUAUAAAGCGGCUCAGGUUCUGCCCGGCUGGCUCAGAGAGGAUCUGCUCAACAUCAGCUAACAGAGCACUGGAUGACAGGAGACUGGAGCUUGUUCUUACCUAGAUGAGUCUGGACUAAAAACCAAUUUAAAGAACUGACUACUUUGUGCUUUAAAACUGGCUGAUACUCAUUGUUGUACAGGAUUUAUGAGCUGACUCACAUCUGUCCUGUUAUUGAAAGACUGUGCUGAACUAAUAUGAAGAUCCUCAAACAUAUUGCUGCAGAAAAAGAGACACUCAACCUAUAAACAUUUUUUUAUUCAACAAAUUUGAUACAGACUCAAUUUUAUAAAGUAAAAAAGCAUGCCAACGACCUGUGGCGUCUGAUAUGGACAAACAUUUUGUAACGGUUUUUUUAUUUCAUUUACAUUUUUGUUUGUUCUCUGUUGUUGUUUUUGUGUGCUCGGGAUGGUUUUACAUUUUCUAACGUGGAGUUUUAAAGGAGUCAAUUUACUCACGCUUUAAACAGAGGACUUUCUUCUGUGAAACUUUGAGCUA